UGAUCCAUCCUUGGUUUAUCUGAUGGAUGUGGUGAGAACUAUGUGAUCAGCACUGAGAGCUCAGCGAAGGAAAGGCCUGGUCGAACGGGGACCCAGUUCAAUUCCGCUGAGAAAUGUGGGAUGCGUUAGUAGUCUCUGCAGUCUCACAGUUUGUGAUUGAGGUAGGCCAAGCAGGAACCGAAAACGGGUAUGUGUCGUACAAACUGAGAUCUCCGAGGCUCUUGGUCUCACCAACGGUCUUAAACUUGACCCCUUGCAGGCCGUUCUGGAUGUCGCUGUCGUACGAAUCGAACUCUGGACGAACGGUCAACUACAGCAACUGCGCUGUAGAGCUCUGGAAAUCUAGGCUCGAGCGAAGGGACACAAACAUAUUGGUGACUGGUCUCAUCUCAGUGCGGACAUCACCGUAUUCAAAGAACAUCAUGCUUGAAGGAUUAGUUCGUCUGGUGUGAGGAGUCCUCGCAGUAUACCCAGUCCGAGAGACUGUGUGCGUAACGUUAGUACAACAUCACAUGGCAAAUAUAUCUUUCAAAUUUCCGGGUCGGGUUGCAUGGCAUCCUCGUCCAGACGCGGGAUACAGG